UAAGAUGGCGGCGGCGGCGGCGGCGCGGAAAACAAUGGGGCCGGGGCGGCGGGGACAGGCCGAGGCCUGAGGUGGGCAGCGAGCGACUGCCUGGGUUGGGCCGAGCGGGGCCAGAGGAAGACCCCCGCCGCGCGCGAGCCCGCUCCGCAGCUUGCGGGGCCAUGGCGUGGCCGUGAGGCAGCCGGGCAGCCGGCGGGGAGCGGAGCCUGCCGUGCCAGCCGGCCCCGAGAGGCCCGCCUCGGGCCCGGCCCGUGCAGCCCGCGGCCCAUGGUGCUGCCCACCUGCCCCAUGGCGGAGUUCGCGCUGCCGCGACACAGCGCGGUCAUGGAGCGCCUCCGCCGGCGCAUCGAGCUGUGCCGGCGCCACCACAGCACCUGCGAGGCCCGCUAUGAGGCCGUAUCGCCCGAGCGCCUGGAGCUCGAGCGCCAGCACACCUUCGCCCUCCACCAGCGCUGCAUCCAGGCCAAGGCCAAGCGCGCCGGCAAGCACCGGCAGCCGCCCGCCCCGGCCCCAGCUCAGGCCCCGGCCCCGGCGCCCGCCCCGGCCCCCCGCCUCGACGCCGCCGAUGGCCCAGAGCACGGCCUCCCGGUCGCGCAUCUCCAUGAUACAGUGAAGAGGAAUCUCGAUAGUGCCACAUCCCCUCAGAAUGGUGAUCAACAGAAUGGCUAUGGAGACUUCUUUCCUGGGCAUAAGAAGACCCGCCGGGAGGCCCCUCUGGGAGUUGCCGUCUCUUCCAACGGCCUGCCUCCAGCCUCCCCCCUUGGUCAGCCUGACAAGCCUGGCACAGAGGCCCUACAGGCCAGCGGGAAGCAUUCACUGGGGCUGGACUCCAUCAACAAGAAGUGUCUGGCAGACUCGAGCCUCCACUUGAAUGGAGGCAGCAACCCCAGUGAGUCAUUUCCCCUGAGCCUGAAUAAAGAACUGAAGCAGGAGCCCGUGGACGACCUGCCUUGCAUGAUCACAGGGGCCGGAGGCUCCAUAUCUCAAAGCAACCUCAUGCCUGACCUCAACCUUAAUGAGCAGGAGUGGAAGGAGCUCAUCGAGGAGCUGAACAGGUCAGUGCCUGAUGAAGACAUGAAGGAUCUAUUUAAUGAGGACUUUGAAGAGAAGAAGGAUCCAGAGUCUUCUGGUUCUGCCACACAGACCCCCUUGGCACAGGACAUUAAUAUUAAAACAGAAUUCUCUCCAGCAGCCUUUGAACAAGAACAGUUAGGCUCUCCACAAGUGAGGGCUGGGUCUGCAGGACAGACCUUUAUGGGGCCUUCAUCUGGCCCUGUGAGCACAGAUUCACCCAGCCUAGGGGGCUCUCAGCCCCUGUUCCACACCUCUGGUCAGCCUGGGGUGGACAAUCCCAGUCCCAACCUGAUGUCAGCAUCAGCCCAAGCCCAGAAUGCACAAAGAGCCCUCUCCAGUGUGGUGUUGCCUAGCCAGGGCCCAGGCGGGAGCUCAGAGCUAUCCUCUGCCCACCAACUCCAGCAGAUCGCUGCCAAGCAGAAGCGUGAGCAGAUGCUCCAGAACCCACAGCAGGCUGCCCCAGCACCAGCUCCAGGCCAGAUGUCCACGUGGCAGCAGACAGGCCCCUCCCACAGUCCCUUAAAUGUCCCUUAUUCCAUGGAAAAACCUGCCAGCCCUCCCGGUUACAAGCAAGACUUCACUAGCUCCAAACUGCUCAUGAUACCCAGUGUGAACAAGAGCUCCCCUCGGCCAGGAGGCCCCUACCUCCAGCCCAGCCAUGUGAACCUGCUGAGUCACCAGCCACCAAGUAACUUGAAUCAGAAUCCCGUGGCUAACCAAGGAUCCGUGCUGGACUACGGCAACACCAAACCGCUUUCUCACUACAAAGCAGACUGUGGGCAAGGCGGCCCUGGGGCUGGCCAGAGCAAGCCGGCCCUGAUGGCUUAUCUUCCCCAGCAGCUGUCUCAUCUGAACAACGAGCAGAACUCCUUAUUUCUAAUGAAACCAAAGCCAGGAAAUUUGCCCUUCCGAUCACUGGUUCCACCUAGCCAGGACCAGAACCCUCCCAGCGUCCCUGUACCAACCCAGGCUGCCAGUGUGGGGACUCAGCCACCUGUCGUGUCCGUAGCCAGCACUCACAGUAGCACCUCCUUUCUCAGUAACCAGCAGCAGGCAGCUGUAAUGAAGCAGCAUCAGUUGCUUUUGGACCAACAGAAACAGAGGGAGCAGCAACAAAAGCAUUUGCAACAACAGCAGUUUUUGCAAAGGCAACAGCACCUUCUGGCAGAACAGGAGAAGCAACAGUUUCAGCGCCAUCUGACCCGCCCGCCACCCCAGUACCAAGACCCAACACAGAGCACCUUCCCACAACAGGUUGGACAGUUCACAGGGUCCUCUUCUGCCAUGCCUGGCAUGAACAACUUGGGUCCAUCUAACUCCAGCUGUCCUCGAGUGUUCCCUCAGGCUGGGAAUCUGAUACCAAUGGGUCCUGGACACACUUCGGUUUCCUCUCUCCCUUCAAGCUCAGGCCAGCAGGACCGGGGUGUGGCUCAGUUCACUGGCUCGCAAAGCAUGCCACAGGGCAGCCUCUAUGGCAUGGCUUCUGGUAUGACCCAGAGAGUUGCCCAGCCCCCGCCACAGGCCACCAAUGGACAUGCCCACAUUCCACGGCAGACCGGUGUGGGCCCGAACACCUCGGUUUCAGCUGCCUAUGGGCAGAACUCUCUGGGGAACUCGGGUAUCUCCCAACAGCACAAUAAGGGGACCCUGAACUCUGGUUUAACUAAGCCACAGGUCCCAAGGGUAUCGGCAACCAUGGGAGGCCAGAAUUCCACAUGGCAACAUCAGGGAAUGCCGAACCUGAGUGGCCAAACCCCAGGGAACAACUCCGUAAGUCCCUUCACUGCAGCUUCCAGUUUCCACAUGCAGCAGGCCCACCUGAAAAUGUCCAGCCCACAGUUCUCCCAGGCGAUGCCCAGCAGGCCUAUGGCCCCCAUGAGCUCAGCAGCUGCAGCAGGGUCCAUGCUGCCCCCUGUGAGCACACAGCAGAGGACCAGUGCCCCUGCCCCAGCACCUCCCCAGGGAGCCCCACAGCAGGCCUUGCCGGGCCUGAGCCCAGCUGGGCCUGAGCUGGGGGCCUUCAGCCAGAGCCCCGCCCCAACAGUGGGCGGCCGGGCAGGGCUACACUGCGCCCAAGCCUACCCUGUGCGGACCGCAGGCCAAGAACUGCCCUUUGCCUACAGUGGGCAGCCAGGUAGCAGCGGGCUGGCCAGCAUGGCCGGAGAUGCCGACCUGAUCGACUCCCUGCUGAAGAACAGGACUUCGGAGGAGUGGAUGAAUGAUUUGGACGACCUUCUAGGGCCUCAGUAACAGGAGGAUUUGUGGUGUUUUCAGUGUUCAUACAGCCUAUAUUUUUCUUCUCAAAUUCAAGAAAGAGCAACUACUUUGGACCAAAAGCCCACAGCCCGGGGAGCUGGGCAGGUAGAGCUAGAGCCAUGGGGCUGAGGCCUGGUCCUCCCAGGCUCUGUGGGGCCCAGGGCUCCCAGCCAGCAGUUGUGGUAUGUUGGGCUGGCCCCACCCCAUCUGCUGGCGUCGUUAUCUGGUUUUGGGACAGCAGGACAGGGUUCUGCAGGUGGUUUUCUAUCCAAAUGACCAAAAAACCAACAGUGAAACCCCACGAUGUCAGGCUUAUAAAAAUCUAUGCUAUCAUGUUGACUUAAUCCAAGAUUUCUCCACUUGCCCCAAUUUUGGGACAAAUUUUUGUUGAAACUUUAUAGCAGAACUAUUUGCAAUUUGUAGCAUAGAAAAGAUUUUAAAUUUUUUUUUAAGGUUUUAAAACAGAUUAGGGUAGGUGGUGGUUUAAAUUGAUAAGUGGCAUUGGAAACUUAGGGUUUCCUUUUGAUUAAGAGCCUUUUUUAUUCCUGCUCUUUGUCAGCUUUCAGGGCAAAGGGAGGCUCACUGGAAAAUCAUUUCCGUAAGUGCAGGCUGUGACUGCAUGUGCCAAAAAGGAACAGGAUGCCAUGAGAAAGCAGAGUUAGUGACACAGAUCUGGUCUUUCCAGCAGCUCCUCCUUCUCCCAGAAUGCUGUUCUUCCAGGCUGGCAUUUAGGAGGAUGUGGGCUGAGGAAUCCCUUCCUCCCAUGUGUUGGUAGCAAGACCCCAGGCGGCCCCCAGGCCAAAUGCUGAAAUGAAACAAUUGGGAUUCCUGUGUCCUCUUUUGUUGUUUCUCCUUUUGCAGUUUCUCCGAAAACUCAUCUUUAAUGUGUUAGGAAGGUGAUCAUUGUCGAGUUAUGAACAGAUGUCUUUCCUGCACCCUGUCUUCAUUUCCCAUAACCUUUCUUUCUGCCUCCCCUUCUUUCUCUCUCCAGCCCAAAUGGAAAAACUCCUUAAGCCACUGAUUUACUGGAUUGGAGAGAAAAAGAAAGAGUCAUUAGAAUUCCCUAGGGAAGCCUAGCAUAGUAAGGAGCUGGGUAUCCCUUCCCCAGAAAGCAAAGGUUUGUGGGAAGGAGAAAAAUAGGUGUGCCCUGUUUGGCAGGGAGGACGCAGGCUGGGCCAGAGGAAGGAAUUCCACUUUGUUUUACUACUUCUGCCACUCCCUUGUCAGAUGACUUGCACUUUUUAAAGAGAAUUGCUUUGUAACACUAAUACAUCCUUUCUAAAGAUUCAAAUGGAUUUCUCUCUUAAGGUCUAUGACUUUUUAGGUCUUGACUAAGCUAAGAGUCCACAACAACCUGUGGGCUGUUUGUGGGAAAUGAAGACAGAGCACUUCGAUGUAACGAAAGCAACAUGGUAAGCACAAGGUGAGACCCUUUUAAAUGGGGUGUCGGAGAGAAAAUAGUACACUGAAAAGAGUAGCGUAUAUACAGAGUGGUCUCUGGCGAAACCACAACCCCAUUUUUAUUUCCCUGGAGCCUCAGAAUGGAUAAUUCAAGGAGUAUCAUAUGUAAAGAAUUGAGCCAAGGAAAAUAUUCACACAACCAGCUUGAGUGGCUUUGAGGGGACAAAGGGUUGUACACACAUUGGUAAUUAUUUUGCACCAGCAGUGCCUUUCAUGGGGGUACUUGGACCCUCAGAUCUUCUUCUCUAAUAGCCAUUUGCCACCAUGGGUGGUGUUUGGGCCAUUUCCCCUUUAAACACCCUCCCUGCCUUCUCCAGUCACUGAAUACAACUCUCAAAGAAGGGAAUGAAUCAUAAAGCCAGUGAAGACUCCACCCUCUGAGUGAGUUCCCCAGUCUGAAGGGGAAGAGGGUGACUUCAGCGGGUUUUCUACCAAAAAUAGCGGGCGGAAGGCUGGUGGUGGGUCCUUGCUCCUCUCCUGGUCUCCCUCUGGCUGCUGCUCACCUCUAUCCCUGGGCGCUCGCGCCUCUGCCUCCCCCUUGUGAGGAGGGCUGCCCCUGCCUUAGUCCUGGGGCCACCUAGACAGACAGCAGGCUUCUCACUUGCUGCAGUGUCAGAGCAAUAAAAUGUGAUGCUUGGAGUCCCCCCAGGGAGCUGCCUGUGGCUUUAUUUAUGAAUCUGGUUUUUGGGUAGUCAGGGAAGGAGACAACUCCACUUCAGUGCAAAUCCCCAUCUUCCAGGAGCCAUGACUCAAAAGAAAAGGGUGCUUGGACUUUUGUUAUACACACUUGCUUUGUGUAAAUAAAUGUUUACAAUUUUAUAUUAAAGAUGGAAUAAGCGUUAGCGCUUCUGACUGUAUAUUUUUUACUUUUAUAGAUUUUAAAACUAUGAUCCUUUAUAUAUGUGUUUUGGGGGCUAUAAGUUUUAUGUCAAACAGUUGGUAUUGUUAACUUUUUACUGUCAUCAAAGUACAUAAAAGUCCUAUUAAUUCCCUUAUUCUUCUACUUCCCUUAACUCUGGUAUACACCAAAAAGAAAUCUUUACUUUCCUGUUUUAUCAUUAUAAAAUAAUAAAAGUAUUUUGCUAGUAUGGAAA